GUUAGGCCGCGCCGUGCUGGCCUUGCUGCGCUUCACUGGCUCUGAGAUCUGGAUGAAUACAUUGUGUAUUUCUCCUGAUGAUGCGCGGAUGGACUCCACAACUAGUUAAAGUUGUAAAGUAGCUGCUGUUCCAGAUACAGCUGCAUCUACGCCCUGAAGUAUAGUCUACUUCUGUUAACAGCUCUUUGUGAGCACUCCCAGCUGUUCCUGAGCCAAACAUACCUAAGGACCUCCUUCUGGAUGACCAACGUGUAUUUUAACUAAUUGUAUUGGAAACUAAGUCUCUGACUUCCCAUUCAUUCCAGCUGAUACCAAUCCUUAUAAUGCAAAAAAAUCACUAUUCAGGAUUACACAAACAUUACUCUUAAAACUUUCUAGAUGAUUGUAGUUGCUUUGGUUGUGUUCUAUGCUAGCAGAAGCCUUUUUCAAAGUUUACAGUUGACAUUAGAGUACCACAUUCCCCAUUUACUGGGAGCCCUGGGGGCUGGCAAUAUGGGAAACUCAUGUGUUUGCCAUGAUGACAGUGGAGCAGAAGACAAUGUGGAAUCUCGGGAUCAGCAAAUGGAGAACAGUAGAGUACAUGUACCUGAAGCAAGAAGCCACCCAAGGGAUCCUGUCCAUCCACCCAGGAGGGGUCGAGGGCCUCAUGAACCAAGAAGGAAAAAACAGAAUGUGGAUGGACUAGUACUCGACACAUUGGCUGUAAUUCGGACAUUAGUAGAUAAUGACCAGGAGCCUCCUUAUUCAAUGAUCACGUUGCAUGAAAUGGCAGAAACAGAUGAAGGCUGGUUGGAAGUGGUCCAGUCUUUAAUUAGAGUUAUUCCAUUAGAAGAUCCCCUGGGACCAGCUGUUAUAACACUGCUACUUGAUGAAUGUCCGCUGCCAACAAAAGAUGCAUUACAGAAGUUAACUGAAAUAUUAAACUUAAGUGGAGCUGCUGCUUGCCAGGAUGCUUGUCACCCUGCCAAACACCGUAAUACAACGGCAGUUCUGGGCUGCUUAGCAGAGAAGUUAGCAGGUCCUGCAAGCAUAGGCUUACUCAGCCCAGGCAUAUUGGAAUAUUUACUUUACAGCCUGAACUUCCAGUCCCAUCCGACAGUGAUGCUUUUUGCACUAAUAGCACUGGAGAAGUUUGCACAAACAAGUGAAAAUAAAUUGACAGUUUCUCAAUCAUGCAUUAGCGACCAACUGAUCCUGCUUGAGAAAUGGACAGAUAAUCCAGACUAUUUAAAACGUCAGGUUGGGUUCUGUGCCCAGUGGAGUUUAGACAAUCUGUUUUUAAAAGAAGGCAGGCAGUUUACAUAUGAGAAGGUUGACUUGACCAACAUUAGGGCUAUGCUGAACAGUAACGAUGUCAGUGAAUACCUGAAGAUAUCUCCACAUGGAUUAGAGGCUCGAUGUGAUGCCUCAUCCUUUGAAAGUGUUAGAUGUACCUUCUGCAUCGAUUCUGGAGUUUGGUACUAUGAAGUUACAGUCAUUACUUCAGGAGUGAUGCAAAUAGGAUGGGCUACCAGAGACAGCAAAUUUCUCAAUCAUGAAGGUUAUGGCAUUGGGGAUGAUGAAUAUUCCUGUGCCUACGAUGGCUGCCGGCAGCUGAUUUGGUAUAAUGCCAGAAGUAAACCACAUUCCCAUCCCUGUUGGAAAGAAGGAGACAUAAUAGGAUUUCUACUAGACUUGCAGGAAAAGCAAAUGAUCUUCUAUUUAAAUGGAAACCAGCUUCCUGCUGAGAAGCAAGUAUUUUCAUCUUCUGUAUCUGGCUUUUUUGCUGCAGCUAGUUUCAUGUCCUAUCAACAAUGCGAGUUCAACUUUGGGGCAAAACCUUUCAAAUACCCACCAUCAAUGAAAUUUAGUACUUUUAAUGAUUAUGCCUUUCUGACAGCAGAAGAGAAGAUCAUUUUGCCCAGACACAGGCGCCUGGCUUUGUUGAAGCAAGUGAGUAUCCGAGAGAACUGUUGUACUCUUUGCUGUGAUGAGGUAGCAGACACAGAACUUGGACCGUGCGGACACAGUGACCUGUGUAUGGAGUGUGCCUUGCAGCUGGAGACCUGCCCUUUGUGUCGACAGGAGAUACAAACCCGAGUCAGACAGGUCUCUCACAUUUCCUGACACAUACGGAGAAAUACCAGACUUGUUUUCAAUGAACUACAGCCAAUGCUGAAAGGGGAAAGAAUCUCCAACCAAUCUUUAUGCACAUAGAACCAUAGCCACCACCAGAUUUCAUGCUAAUCUGUUAUCUGUUAGUCUUAAAAAUGAAAUCUUUAAUGAACUAUUUCGAGUUACCAGCAAUGGGAACUGGUUUCAAGAAUAAGGAGAGCUAGUAGUUCAGUGCACUAUGGCUGUUGGUUCCUCCAAGCAAGACCAUAGGAGACUGUCUCUCUUCUUCCCCUUUCCUUCUUGCCCGUCACAAGUGCUGAAAAAUUUUGCACUGGAAGUACACAUACAAUGCAUUUUAGAAAAGAAAAGCAAAUAAGUAUCUCCUAAACCAGGGCUGUUUUGUCUUGUGCUCAAGUUUUUGGGAGAAGUCAGUACUAAAAAGAGAAUUCCAAUGUUUUUCUGUUCAAUGUAGCCUCCUGCUGGUCAGAGACCCUAUUUUCCAACAGUGGAUAUUAAACUGCUCAAAGAAUUAAUCCGUACACAGACUAAUUUGAAAAGUCAGUGUGGAGACCAGAGAGAAACUCACAUGUUUUAAUAACCUUUUGAUUCCAAAGAAUGUUCUGAUAUGUCUUUAAAUGUUAAAAGAUUUGUGGUAUUUUCAAGUUUCUGAUGCUUUUAACUUCAGUACCCACAUUUUUUUGUGAGGAUAUAGUUUUCAGGAGGUAUUCUUAACUAAUUAUAACAUUGGACUGGGAUUAAUUUCAUAUUCUGGGUGUUUUUUAAAGUAUCAUCAAACAUCUCUUUUUAAUCAGUGUUGGUUUUGAAAGUUUUAUUCACUUUGGAAAUAUUGUGCUAUCUUAAAAGACUGGAAGAGAACUUGGGGCCAGUUUAUUAAAAAAAAAAGUUAUUUGGACA